AUGUACUUGGAAAAGAUGGGCGAGGCGAGCGAGCGCUACAAGAUAUUUAUAAAGCGUCUCGAGCUGUCCGAUGACCCCGCGGCGCGGGAGUACCUGCGGGCCACCAACGCGCAGAUGCUGGAGGGCGGCUUCACCAUGCAGGCCAUGUUCCAGGGGCUGGAGUCUAGCCUCAAGCAGUAUGAGUCCAUCGUGCAGCAGGAGGAGGCGAUACUGUCGGACCCGGUCAGACACCAGGAGUUCACGCGGGCGCUCAAGGAGCAGUGGGGCCAGAGCGCCAUGGGGCGCAUUGACAUGAGCUACCUGGCGCGUGUGAUGGACCCAAUGGUUUUGAACCGCGCCCAGAAGGACCCAGACUUCUACAAGUGCAUCCGGGAGGUCAGCGAGAACCCCACGCCGGCAACGCUCCAAAAGUGGAUCGACCACCCCACAAUUGGGCCGCUGGUGUCGGAGAUGUUCAAAGCAAUGAUGAGCAAGAGCAUGGGGCAGCAGUAG